AUGUUGAAACAAGUAAGCAUUCUUGUUUUCAGUGUAUUUCAAUUUGUUCUUCUUUUCAUCUUUGUGUUUAUUUUUAUUAUAAAUGUUAAUAACAUUCCAAAAGUGUACAAAAACAAUACUCCAUUAAUAUUUCCUGACAUGCUAAAACCAAAAAAUAUUGAUUUUGUUUAUUCAUACGAAUUUAAACAGCCGACUUAUGCAAAUGAUGUCAUCAACACAAGUAACUUCAAUUAUGAUGGAAAAUGCAGAGAAAUAUUUAAAUACCCGGCAAACAACAAAAGGGAUUUGUUUAUCACAUCUGUCGGGUUUUCAGGUCUUAUAAAGAAUUAUUGGGAAGAUAAUAAGAAGGAAAUUACAACUAUAAUGGCACUUGCUAACAACACUUUUCCAAACGCCAAAAAAUUGGUUUUGUUACUGCCUGGAGAAGAAAAUAAAGACUUUGAAGAAACCACAAAGUAUUAUG